AUGGCCGUGCGCAAGCCCGUCUUAGCGCUCUACCAAGCGGUUGCGGCGACCGAUCAUCAUGAUGUUCAAGUCGGCGAAGCCGCCAAAUCAGGUUCCGGUACCGCCACAAUUCCCACCGGAGUCUUCAAGUCCGUUUUUGCAAACCUGGUCAAGAGCAUUGCUGGUGCGGGUGUUCUUAGUCUUCCCUACGGUGUCGCCGCCUUUGGCAAUGCCCCGUCGGCAUUAAUUCCGGCAAUUGGAGUGAUUAUGUUGAUGGGAGCUGCAUCCGCCUAUACCUUUGGAUUGAUUGGGCGCGUCUGUCAAUGCACCGACACAAAUUCAUACGCCGCCGCCUGGGACGUUGCCGUGGGCCGGAAGUCUAGUUGGAUCGUCGCCUUUUCCUGCUUUAUCGACUGCUUUAGUGGCAAUCUCUUUUACAGCAUGAUUCUAGCCGACACGUCGGUUGACCUCUUGGCUUCGGUGGGUGUGACAGUUACUCGCACCCAGUCUCUCUUGUAUGUCACGAAUUUGGUCCUCGCCCCACUCUGUUUCCUCAAGAAUCUCAGUAGUCUAGCACCGUUUUCACUCGUGGGCAUCAUCGGAAUGCUCUACACAACUCUGGCAAUGGGUCUCCGUUACUUCCAGGGUUCCUACGCCCCCGGUGGAGAGUACUUUAGCAGUCAACUCACCGAACCCGUCUUUGGGGUUGACGGAGCCUCGGCGGCAUUCUCACCCAAGGCCCUCAUCCUCACCUGUAUGCUUUCCAAUGCCUACAUUGCCCACUUCUCGGCUCCAUUGUACUGGAGCGAUCUCAGAGACAAUACCAUGGAACGCUUUCAUCAAAUGAUUGGGUACAGCUUUACUGCGGUGGUGGUCAUUUAUAGUCUGGUUACCACCGCGGGUUUUCUCACCUUUGGUGCCGCCUCGAACGGAUUCAUUCUGAACAAUUACUCCACGAACGAUACGAUAGCCAGUCUUUCGCGGUUUGCCGUCGCCAUUAGCAUCAUCUUCUCCUACCCGCUGAUCUUUGUCGGAACCCGUGACGGUCUGAUGGAUCUUUUUCGCGUCGAGGAGGCGAAACGAAACACAAAACUCAUCAACAAAUUGACGGUGACCCUCAUGCUUUUGGUGACGGCAUUGGCUAGUCAAUUGACUGAUUUAGGAGUUGUGGCGUCGAUUGGUGGAGCCACCUUUGGAACGGCCCUCGUCUUUGUGUAUCCUGCUGUCAUGUUCCUCAAGACGCAGACAAAGAGAACCAAGGAAACUGUUCCAGUAUUUUUUAUUGGUGUUUUGGGUGUUGUUGUGGGGGUGAUUGGCACGACCAUGUGCUUUUGAAAUAUUCGCUUAUCGCAGGUAUUUCACCCCGUGAAAUAAGUUUGGCAACAACACUAGAGGUAGUCUCGAUAUGGCGUUGCGUCUAUGGCAACUGCUCUUUGUAUAAUCCGCGCCCUCGAUGGGGCAGGUCAGUGCUUCGGAUGCUCUCGAUGGGUUCUUGGCGCUAGAUAAACCUCGAUGUCGCUGACUGUGGAGUGGUCUAUACUUAUACUGCUACCGCCGAGGACCAAUCCGUCGGUCUCUUUAUCAUUUUAGGCACAAAGGGCAUUUCAUCCAAUGCGCAUUAGGGCAAGUCCGAGGUCGUAAAGGCAGCCGAAGAUGUUUUCACUUUUGGAGGAAUCAAAGGACUCGGUGACCAAGGUAGUAAAACUAGUCUUUCGGUUGGAUGCAAAAA